AUUGGACGGAGCUGGAUCCUGGACAGCAUCACUCGCAUGCUGCAGCCAAUAACGCGCCUCUGCACGGAUAGAGGAGCUCUUGCGGGUUCCGUUGCUUCGGGUCUCUGCUCACCGCCAGUGUCGGGAUGAGGGUUCUGAGCGCGCUAUCCCACCCUUCGCCACGGCCGACGGCCGCCCUCUCUCCUUCCCAUGGAUUCCGUUCCUCCUCCCAUUCUUCUUCUUCUUCGUCGUCGUCGUCGUCGUAUCCCCGUCAUCUUAUCUCAUCUCUCCACAAGAACUCGGCUUUCUGCCUUCGAGGCCUCGAUCCUAAACCAGUUUUUCUCUCUACCACCUACAGGUACUGCGUCAGCAUUGCAAGCAAUAGCCAAGGACCUGCCAAAUUAUAUUCAGCAUUUCCUACAUCUCCUGCCCUUGUUUCCUCUGUUAAUGAUCUCUUUGAGUUCAUAUGCUCGGGUCCUCUGAUAAAAAAAUUGGGCUUUACUGCUGAGACUGUAGCUGAGUCCAUCGACAGGUGGUUACAGUGUGGUUUUCACUUGUGUCAACUGUUCCGGUUGAACGACCUUAAUUUGUCAGUUCCUGAGAAGGCCAGAAUAUAUCAUUUCUACAUUCCAGUGUUCCUCUGGUGCGAAGACCAGCUUUUGCGUCAUAGGUCCAACUUUAAUGAUGGAGAUGAGAUCCCACCUCUAGUGAUUGGUGUUAGUGCUCCUCAAGGCAGUGGAAAAACAACUCUAGUUUUUGCUCUUGAGUCUCUUUUCCGGCGAUCUGAUAGGAGUGCUGCAACCUUAUCAAUAGAUGAUUUUUAUUUGACAGCGGAGGACCAGGCUGAACUGAGGAGACAAAAUCCUGGAAAUGCUCUCUUGGAGUUUCGUGGGAAUGCGGGAAGCCAUGACCUGCAAUUCUCAAUUGAUACACUCACAUCUUUAAGCAAGCUUACAAAAAAAGGUAUGAAGAUGAAGCUUCCACGGUACGAUAAGUCUGCUAAUGGAGGGAGAGGUGAUAGAGCUGACCCUUCAACAUGGCCAGAAGUUGAAGGGCCCAUAGAGGUUGUUUUGUUUGAAGGUUGGAUGCUUGGGUUCAAACCUCUUCCAAAUGAAGAUGUGAAAGCAGUUGAUCCACAGCUUGAAGUGGUAAAUAAAAAUCUCGAAGCCUACUUUGAUGCAUGGGACAAGUUUGUUGAGGCAUGGAUUAUUAUCAAGAUUAAGGAUCCCAAAUGUGUAUACCAAUGGCGCUUGCAGGCAGAGGUGGCCAUGAGGGAAGAUGGAAAACCUGGCAUGUCUGAUGAAGAGGUUUUGGAUUUUGUAUCACGGUAUCUGCCAGCAUACCAGGCCUACCUUCCACCACUCUACUCUGAAGGACCAAAGGAGCUGGAUCCAGAUCGCCUUUUAGUUAUCGAGAUUGACGAAGAGAGGAAUCUUAUCGCCAAGUGAUCUAUGUUGGAGGACUGUAUGACUUCAGUUUCGUCUUUCAGUGGGUGUAAAGAAUAAAUUCUUGUUUUGAUAUUUUUGUACAUGUUCAUCAAAAAAAGGAAUGUGUCAUAAUUAUUCAUUCCGUAUCAUCUUCGAUCAUUUACUUCUGAUUUUUUUUACUUAUGUUUAUACUAUAAAUUAUUUCCUAUUGCAAGUGAAGCGAAUUUAGGAGAUUGCUAUAUUGUUAUGAUAGUUGAGAUGUACAGUGUGUGAAAAAGAAGUAUUUAAGGAAGAAUAGCUUUCAACGUUACAGGUUCCUCUGUUCAAUUUUUCAAUAUUUUAAUUUUCAGGGAUCUCUCUCUCUGUGUAUAUAUAUAGAGGCAUCAGCCUCCAUUCAUUGUUUCAUUGUAUAUUCAUUUUCUUCGUUUGACACGUGUACAGGGGUUUUAUGGAGGAGUUUCGAUUUUCGAUAGAGUUUGAGGAGGCAUCUGCUCUUUGAUAAAGCGUGAGAUCGAUAUGAUCAGAGUUUGGAUGAUCGCCUUCUCUCCGCCCGCAAAGAUCGAAAGCAUGUUUGCUUCAGCCCCAUGGUCGUCGCUUGAGAUAGGGGCAUCGAUGGCGGUGUAGUCAGUAAAAGUUGCUGCAGGGGUGAUUUUGUUGACAAGGAUGGAGUUCGGAGAGAGGCUCGAGAGGACGUCGAUGGCAGGAUCGAGGGUGAUAUGGUGAACAUCGGCAAUGUAGUCGAUGAUGAGAGAGAUGACGUUGCUGGCACGAGCGACGGUGAGGAGGGAUUUGGCAUGGUGGGUACCAUGAUCGAUAAGAGGCUGGGCCUUGGAAGCGGUUUGGUAGAAAACGAUGAGGGAGUAGCUGGUCAAGAGUAGGUGGGCAGUUAUGAACUAGCCCGUGACAUCGAUUCGGGUGGUGGUCGAGGUUAUGGGUCGGUUUGAGGAGAUGGUCAACAUAGGAGAGAGCAAGGGGACGAUCAGGCGGUGGUGAAGGAGAUAAAGGUGGUCAGAUCGAUGCAGGAGGGAUGGGAGGCGAAUGAGCAUUGAAAAAGUUAUCAAUCAUUGGAUCGAAGUCCCUUGGUCGUGCUGUCGUGGUUUGCUCUUCUGGCCAUAGUGCCACUAGCCAAGGGACAUUCCCCUACUUUGAAAUAAGAGUGAUGGAUCUUCUGUUCUAUGAAAGAAGAGAGGAAGAAAAAGAAAGAAAGAAAAAAUAAAAAAAAAAAAAAAAAGAAAGAAAAAAGAAAAGAAGGAUUUCAGGAGAUUCUUGAUUAUAAGGUAAUAAUGAAGAUUUUUUAUUAUUGUUAAGAAAAAGGGAGAAUAAAAAGAAAGAAA